UUUGUCUCAGAACCUCUGAGAUUGGUACCAGGCAAGGCAAAAUGCCCCUGUCCCCAACAAGACUGCCUAGCCCUUAUGACUCUGAUCGGCUGGUACGGCUAGCAGCUAGGCUCUGGCCAGCACUGUGUGAUACCAUGAUCACCGUGGGGAGCCAGGAGUUCCCUGCCCACAGCCUGGUGCUGGCAGGUGUGAGCCAGCAGCUGGGCCACAGAGGCCACUGGACUUUGGUGAAAGGAAUCAGCCCUUCCACUUUUGCACAGCUUCUGUACUUUGUUUAUGGGGAGAGUGUUGAGCUGCAACCUGGGGAACUGGGGCCCCUUGAGGAGGCAGCCAGGGCCUUGGGGGUACAGUGUCUGGAAGAGGCAUGCAGGAAAGCUCGAGGAGACAGGGCUAGAGUAGAGCUGAGUGGAGGGCUGAAGGACCAUCAGGAGGAGCCAGAGAAACCCACAAAGGAUUCUGAGGGAGGAGUGGGGGGUCUUGGAGAACAGAGACCAGAGAAGUUUAUUAGAGCUGGUGGGAGAGGACAGGAGACAAUGCAUGAGCACAGGACACCAAGAGAGAGCCCUGAGAUAGCAGAUUCAAUGCAGGAGGGUCAGGGGGAACAGAUGAGAUCAGAGGAGAAACUCAACCAAUGCCUUCUUGACCAUGGAGGUGUAGAUAAGAAGCAAGAAGUGAUCAUGUGGGUAAGGGAGAGUCCAGGGGGCUCUGAGGAAAGUCUGGGGGAGUUGCCUGGCCCCCCACCACCCCCAGGUUCCUUCCAAACCAGCAUCACCUCUAGGCCCUGGUGGGCUGAGGCCCCUUCGUUGCGGGAGGGCCAGGCUGCCCUGUGGAGGAGCUUCCUGCUGUUACCACAAAGAUAUGGCACUCCCUUCUCCCAUAACACCUCCAUUACUGGAGCUUGGCAAGAGGUCUGGCCUCAGGACCAGAGGAUUCCACUCUCUCUAAAUCUCCACAAAGGGCUCUGGAGCCAGAACCCGUUGGCCUUCUCUAGCCCUACCUCAGGUUUCCUCCCCCAGAGCCCCACAAAGCUCAGCCCUGGGGAGAUGGAAGAAUCUGAUCAGAGGCACACAGGUGCCCUUGCAACCUGUGCGGGCCAUGUGGGCAAAGCAGGCCGCCCAUCUCGCCAACGUCCUCCUCCUCCCUCUCCUGCCCGGCCCAGGCCCUAUUCUUGUUCUGUUUGCGGAAAGAGGUUUUCACUCAAGCAUCAGAUGGAGACACACUACCGGGUCCAUACAGGAGAGAAGCCCUUCUCCUGUGGCCUCUGUCCUCAGCGCUCCCGGGACUUCUCGGCCAUGACCAAGCACCUGCGGACACAUGGGGCUGCACCCUACCGCUGCCCUCUGUGCGGGGCCGGCUGCCCCAGCCUGGCCUCCAUGCAGGCACACAUGCGCGGCCACUCGCCCAGCCAGCUCCCGCCGGGAUGGACCAUUCGCUCCACCUUCCUCUACUCCUCCACCUCGAGGCCAUCCCGGGCCUCGACCUCCCUGUAG